CACAAUUUUGUUAAUGUAUUAACAUUCAACUAAUCUAGAGCGUAAGAGUGAACGCAUGUCAAACAAAAUGAGCAGCACCGAUGAAGUCUCCUGGAUGUCGUGGUUCUGCGGCAUUCGUGGCAAUGAGUUCUUUUGCAAAAUUGACGAAGACUACAUUGAGGAUAAGUUCAACUUGAUUGGGUUAAGCGAAGUGGUGCCCAACUACAGGGAAGCCUUAGGCAUAAUAUUGGACUUGGAGCCCAAGGACGAGUUCGAGACUGAUGUAACAGAUCAGUCGGCUGAGAUGCUCUAUGGCCUCAUACACGCUAGAUAUAUUUUAACGAAUCGUGGCAUCGAUCAAAUGCUGGAUAAAUAUAAAAUGGGAGAUUUUGGAUACUGUCCACGAGUCUACUGUGAUAAUCAGCCGAUGUUGCCCUUGGGACUGUCCGAUACUCCGUGUGAGGCAAUGGUGAAGAACUACUGUCCGAGAUGCGUUGAUGUCUAUACACCUGAAUCGGCCCGAUUCCACAACACUGAUGGUGCCUACUUUGGUACUGGAUUUCCACAUAUGUUUUUCAUGGUUCGUCCAGAGUAUCGCCCUAGUCCUCCUACUAAGCAAUUUGUUCCACGCCUGUAUGGCUUUAAGAUACACAGCUUGGCUUAUCAAUUAAAUUUAAAAUAAGUUUUUAA